ACAGUGGACCUGGAGGUCUGACGGACCUGAGUUUGUGGGCGUUACUUUGAAUGCAGAAUGUGGGGCAUUUGCAGCAGAACUAUGGUGAAGGUGGGGAUGGCGAAACCCUGCGGCUUAAUGAAACCAAACCACUUAGUGAAGCCUGUAUCAGCAACUCGGGUUGCUGGCAGAUACCUGACCCACCAGCAGGGCCUGCCCCAUCUGCCUGUCCCCCCGCUGCAGCAGACCUGUGAGCGCUACAUUACUGCCCUGGAGCCCAUUGUGGAGGUGGACGAGCUGAAGUACACUAAAGAGCUGGUGCAGGAGUUUCAGAAAGCAGGAGGGGUCGGAGAGAGACUGCAGAAAGGCCUGGAAAAGAGAGCAGGCAACACUGAGAACUGGCUUUCAGAGUGGUGGGUGCAGCUUGCUUAUCUUGAAUACCGGCUGCCUGUGGUGGUGCAUUCAAGUCCUGGGUUGGUGUUGCCUCGAAUGAACUUCAGUGAUAAGCAGGGACAAAUAAGGUUUGCUGCCAAACUGAUUGCUGGUGUUUUGGACUUUAAGACAAUGAUUGACAAUGAGACACUACCAGUGGAGCACCUGGGAGGAAAUCCCCUGUGUAUGAAUCAGUAUUAUGAAGUGCUCUCAUCCUGCCGUAUCCCUGGUCUGAAGAGAGACUCAGUGGUGAACCACGCAAAGAGCUCACCGUCCCCAAAACACAUCAUUGUAGUGCACAACCUUCAGUUCUUUGUGCUGGACGUGUACAACAGUGACGGGACUCCGCUGACUGUCAAUCAGCUCUGUCUUCAGCUGGAGAGAAUCUGCAGCUCCUCAGUACAGGCCAAGGUGGAGCCCGUCGGCAUCCUGACCACCCAGCAUCGUGACUCCUGGGCCAAGGCCUACAUCAAUCUCACCAAGGAUAAGACCAACAAAGAAUCUGUGUCCGCCAUCCAAAGGAGCAUCUUCACAUUGUGUUUGGAUGGAGCGAGGCCUGCAGUCUCUGACGAGCUGUACCGCAGCUCUGCUGCCGUGCAGAUGCUGCACGGAGGAGGCUCCCAGUGGAACAGUGGCAACCGCUGGUUUGACAAGACACUGCAGUUUAUUAUUGGAGAGGACGGGACAUGUGGUGCAAACUACGAGCAUGCCCCCGCUGAAGGCCCACCCAUUGUGGCCUUGAUCGACCAUGUUGUAGAGUACACGAGGAAGCAGGAGACGGUGCAGCCUCCCAUGGUUCCUUUGCCCUCGCCCCAGAAACUACACUUCAACAUCACACCUGAGAUCAAGAAUGACAUUGAGGAGGCCAAGCAGAGUAUGAACAUACUGGCCCAAGACCUGGAUAUGAGGGUUAUAGUGUUCGGCCACUUUGGGAAAAAUGUCCCAAAGGCCCACAAGAUGAGCCCUGAUGCCUUCAUACAGAUGGCACUGCAGCUGGCCUACUACAGGAUGUAUAAACGGUGCUGUGCCACGUAUGAAAGUGCUUCUCUGCGUAUGUUCCAAUUGGGCCGGACAGAUACGAUCCGCUCAGCCUCCAGUGCCUCAGCUGCCUUUGUCAAAGCUUUUGAUGACCCCAGCAAACAGAACGCAGAGAAGCUUGAUAUGAUGGAGAAAGCUGUGAAAGCACACAGGACGUACACUAGCAUGGCGAUCAGUGGCCAGGCCAUAGACAGACACCUCCUGGGCCUUAAAAUGCAGGCUGUGGAUGAAAAGCUCUCCAUUCCUGAUAUCUUCAAAGAUACUGCCUACGCUAAAGCCUUACACUACCAGCUAUCUACAAGUCAGGUCCCGUCCAAGACAGACUGCGUCAUGUGUUUCGGUCCAGUCGUACCCAACGGAUACGGCGUGUGCUACAACCCAAUGAACAAUCACAUCAACUUUGCUGUGUCAUCUUUCAACACCUGUGCAGAAACCAAUGCAGCACAUCUGGCCCAGGCGGUGGAGGACGCACUGUUAGACAUGAGGACACUGCUGGAACAAACUCCCAGAGCUAAACUGUAAAACCAGACAUUACUGAUGUCUUCAUAGAUGAAGUGGACACUACAGGGCUAGUUUGACAUGUGGAUGACCAUACCCCACACCCGGUGCAAGACUAUAGAGCUCCAGUUAAUAGUCUGAGCCAGAAUUCUGUUAUCGCUUAUCAUCAAGGACUUUAAAUGAUCCUGUGGUUCCUGCUGU